UGAAAAAUCUAAAUAUCGUCAUACCGCGAAAAUAAAAACAUUAUAGCAUGCCGAACCAAACUACGGGUUCCAGUCAGGGUCAGCUAGGAUCUGUCGAUUUUUCCACUGCUGUUGGUAUACCAGACAUGCUGAAUAACACCACGAUCGGUGCCGAUGACGGCAGUUUUCAGCCCAGUUUCGAUCCCUCAGCUGCAUCCGCUUGCAUGGACGGGGAUGAUAGCAACGGGAGUUCUGAUCUGGAGGAUCAGUUUGGCUCACCGAAUGAAAGAGGCAAAAAAAGAUUAGCUGAAGAUAUGAUGAAACACCCGGUUGGUAAAACAGAUGGUCCAAAACCUGGAAAGAAAACCAAAGGUCGCGUCAAGAUUAAAAUGGAGUUUAUUGACAAUAAGUUACGACGGUACACAACGUUCAGCAAACGCAAAACCGGAAUAAUGAAAAAGGCAUACGAACUAUCGACACUGACUGGGACCCAGGUAAUGCUUCUUGUUGCUAGUGAAACUGGCCACGUGUAUACGUUCGCAACUCGGAAACUGCAACCAAUGAUCACCAGCGAAAGUGGAAAAGCUCUCAUUCAAACGUGUUUGAAUUCUCCUGACCCACCUGCAACACAAGCUGGGCCACAGACGUCCGACCAACGCAUGAGUGCAACGGGCUUCGAAGAGACAGAGUUGUCGUACCAAGUUAACGAAGAGGAAGGCAAGGAUGGUACAAAGACUCACAUGUUCACAGUUACAAAUAUACCUGGUGCUGGUGCUGAUGGAACUGUUCCUGGCGCUUCAUCUGCAGGUAUACAAAUAACUGGAACUGGUCAUACGUACCCAAUGACUAACUACAUGCCUACAAGUACAGCCAAUAGUAACCACAUAAACACUGCGUCUAGUGGCGUGAAGACUAGCACCAUCAAUGCAUCGACACAUGCCACCGCUACCACUAACUCUAGUAAUAUUUCAAUGCAGUUACCAGGCGGAAUAGCUACAAUUCUCUCCCCAGGAACACAACUGCCACCCGGCACAGCAAUACAACUAGCAGGAUUACCUCAGUUGCAAACACAGGGCCAACAAGUUCAAGUACAGGCAGGUCAAGUUCAAACUACUCCAACUCAACAGGUGUACAGAUUUCAGUCGGGAGGAUCCAACAUGUCAAGUCUGAACCAAAUGCUGACAGCAGUGGCAAUGCAACAACAGCAACAGAAUACACAUACAACGAAUGAUGACCAACAGCAGCAACAACAACAACAGCAGCAGCAGCAACAACAACAACAGCAACAGCAGCAACAACAACAGCAACAGCAACAACAACAACAAACUACAACUAUAUCACUUGUGCCUAGUUCACAGGUACCCACAACAGUAGCCACAUCAAUGCCUAGUCAUGUUAUGUAUCAGACGGCGCAAGGAGUUGUGUAUGCACCGGCACCGACAUCACUUACUGAUGGUCUGACAUUUUUAAACUACCCUGCAAUUACACAACUACAAGAAAUGGGUGGCAUGCAGCAAGUGACCUUAGCGGCCAUUACCGGCCAGACUGGUCAGGCAGCCUCAGGAUUGACGCAAAUACCAAUACCGUUAACACUACAUGCACAUGGUCAAAGUGUUGAUGCAACAGACUUGCAGCAAUCAGUUGGAGACAUUAAGGUAUCAAGGCCAGAGUGACACUGAAUCAACCAUAUUUAAUCAUUCCAUUUAAAGAGUUUUCUAUGGACGAAGUAUGGACUAGAAAACCUGAGAACAUCUUCAGUGUAUUGUCUGUCUACUAGGAAAAAAUGACCAAGUGGUGUAUUUUUGGUAUGUUUUUUUUAACAAAGUAAGAGACACUGGUGCUUGUAGUAUACUAGGUCACGG